AUGCCGGACAUCAAUUCCUUGGACAGUGCCCGUCCCCUCGACGGGGAGGUGAAUGCUGGCCGCUAUGCUUCAUAUCCCGAUCCUAGUGUUGAGGAUGUAUCUGGCCAUGAGGCCAUUCCCGGCCAUCCUUUGGGUGUCAAGCCCAGUGGUAAUGCGUUGCUCGCCGCAGAAAACCUGCGCCAUGCAAUUGGAACCUUUAAUCUGCUGCCGGAUGAGUUGAUAUUGAUGUUACUGGAAUCUCUGGAUGGUCCCAGUCUCUUAAGUAUUGGACGGACAUGCAAGGCAUUCUAUGCUUUCACCAGAGCCGAGGAUCUCUGGAAAGCUCUUUUUACCGGGUCUCCUCCCGCCUCAUUCUCUUGGAAGGGUACAUGGCGUUCCACUUAUCUUAACAUCCCUCCAUCUGAGGUGUGCAUGCUGGAUUGCUCCAGUCUGUUUUCAGAUGUCUUACACCGGCCGUUUCAUUGUGCGCACAUAUCUUUAGAACCCUAUGUGAACAAUAUUCCGGCCCGGAACCAAAUCGCCCGUCUUCCCGAUCUCUCUUUUGAGGAAUUCAAUGAGAAAUGGAGUGACACGCCAUUCAUAUUGACGGAACCAGUGAAACAAUGGCCUGCCUACAAGAACUGGUCCGUGAAUAUGCUUCUUGACCACUACGGCGAGGCCGUUUUCCGCGCAGAGGCAGUGGACUGGCCUUUCCAUAUUUAUGUUGACUACAUGGGGAACAACUCCGACGAGAGCCCUCUAUACCUGUUCGACCGGGCUUUUGUGGCCAAGAUGGGUCUCAAAAUUGGUCGGCCGGAGCAGGAGCCAGAAGCCACUUACUGGCCUCCCCCGUGCUUUGGGGAGGACUUCUUCUCUGUGCUGGGGAAUGAUCGUCCUGACAGGCAAUGGCUGAUCAUUGGACCUGAGCGGUCCGGAAGUACAUUUCACAAGGACCCGAACGCUACCAGCGCGUGGAAUGCAGUCGUCCGGGGGUCGAAGUACUGGAUCAUGUUCCCGUCGUCUUCCAAGCUCCCGCCGCCUCCUGGUGUAUACGUAUCGGACGACCAAAGUGAAGUGACUUCCCCACUCAGCAUCGCGGAGUGGCUUUUCGGCUUCCAUGCUGAGGCACGGCGCACCUCGGGCUGCAUUGAGGGAAUCUGUGGUGAGGGCGAGAUCCUCCACGUGCCCUCGGGCUGGUGGCACUUGGUCGUCAACAUCGAACCAGCUAUCGCCAUUACGCAGAACUUUAUACCCCGUGCCCACUUGAGCGCUGCCCUGGACUUCUUGUCCAACAAGGCCGAUCAGGUCUCGGGAUUCAGAAAAGAUGUGCACAAUCCUUACGAGCGGUUCGUUGCACAGAUGCAGGAGUCACACCCUGAGUUAUUGCAACAGGCACAGGAAGAACUAAAGAAGAAAUACGAGGGAAAGAAGAGAAAGUGGGACGAAAUUGUGCACGGAGCGCCAGAGCAAGAUGGAGCCGGGGAUGUACCCGAAGGAGGUGGGUUCAGCUUUGGGUUCGGAGAUGACGGGAGUGAUGUAGAAGUUCCCUAA